GCCCCAAAGACUCCAAGGCGCUCAGGCCAGCUGUCUGGGCAGGCCCGAUGCCUGACCACCCACCAAUAUCAGGUACUGGUCCCCACCAUUGUUAAACAAGGCCAAACACUCCUGCCCCCAAGAGGAUGGGACGGAAAAAGAAAAAGGUCACCGAGAGCCCAGAGGAGCCCCUGAACACCCUCCGGAGUGUGGAAUCUGUCCCCAGCCACCUGUCACCCUCUAAUAAGGAGACCAUCAUGGUCACUGUCCACGGGGCCACCAACCUGCCCACCUGCAAGGACGGCUCCGAGCCGUGGCCCUAUGUGGUGGUGAAAACCACAUCUGAGGAUACAAAGAACCAGAAUGCUAAGGCAGUCACAUCUGUGACCUCCGAGCCCACCACAGCACCCAUCUGGGGGGACACGGUCAAAGUGGAGCUCCAAGCUGAGGAGGCGGGACGAGCAGAUGUGGUCCUCGAGGUGAUGGACAAUAAAAAGAAAGAGGAGCUGUUGUCCUACCAAAUCCCUAUCAAGUACCUGCGUGUCUUCCAUCCCUACCACUUUGAGCUGGUGAAGCCCACCCAGUCUGGAAAAGCCGAGGAAGCCACUGCCAAGCCCCAGCUGUAUGCGACCGUGGUGCGGAAGGACAGCUUCUUCCCCCGCUACGUCGGCAGCAAGCACACGGCUCUGGAGGUCUUUCUCCGGGGAGUCAAUGAGCCCCUGGUCAACAGCGCAGACCCCAUGGUGGUCAUUGCCAGGGUGGUCCCCAACUACAAUGACUUUAAGGUCAAUCAGGUAAAGCAGGACCCAGCAUUCAUAGGACUGCCCAUCACCCGACUCUCCUUCCCUAUCUCAUCGGUGAUGCACUUCGAUGUUCCUCGGGUCAGCCAGAACGGGUGCCCUCAGCUGUCCAAACCUGGGGGACCCCCGGAGCUGCCCUCAUGGAACCAAUCCUUCCUCUUCCAAAGCCGAGACGGAGCCACCAACUUCUCGGAAGACACAGCCCUGGUGCUGGAGUACUACUCCUCGGCUUCCAUGAAAGGCAGUGAGCCAUGGACCCUCAGCAAGCCCCUGGGUGUCUCCGUGUUGCCGCUAAAGAGCCGUUUGUACCGCAAGAUGCUGGCAGGGAAGGGUCUGAAUGGGCUGCGUGUGGAGAGGCUCCCCGUCACCGACACCAAGCUGAAAACCAUAAAUGGUGAGGCCCCCACAGUGGAUAUCUCCUUCCAGCUGCUUUCCUCCGAGAAGCCGGAAAACUUCUUGACACCAAACAACAGCCAGGUUCUGCCCAUCCUGGACCCCAAGAUCUUAGAUGAGAAGCUGGGUACCAUCCGUGAGUCCUGGUCCAAGGCCACCGUGCACUCUACGAUGGACUCCAGCACAUCUAACUCUGAGGAAACAGAGAUAGAGCCUCAGAUGCCCAGGAUGUCCCAUGAAAUGGAGAUGAACAACUACCGGCGGGCCAUGCAGAAGAUGGCGGAGGACAUCCUGUCGCUGCGGAAGCACGCCAGCAUGCUGGAGGCCGAGAACCGCAUGCUGAGGAGCCAGCUGGCCCAGGGGGAGGGCGACGAGGAGCAGGACGACGCCAACAAAGCCCAGAAGCUGGAUGAGGUGUCCAUGAAGCAGAAGCUGCUGCUGAGCGAGCUGGACCUGAAGAAGCUGAGGGACAAAGUGCAGCAUUUGCAGAACGAGCUGAUUCGAAAGAAUGAUCGAGAGAAGGAGCUGCUCCUCCUGCACCAGGCUCGGCAGCCGCAGGCGGCGCUGCUGCAGCGGUGCCAGGACAAGCUGCAGAAGAUGAAGGCUCUGGAGGAGACCGUGAGGCACCAGGAGAAGGUGAUCGAGAAGAUGGAGCGGGUGCUGGAGGACAAGCUGCGGGACAGGAAGGAGCCCCUGCUCAACAGGCUGCAGGGAAAGCCCACCACGGCCUUCCCUGUGCUCUCAGCCUCUGGCCUUCCCCCGGGGCCUACGGGAGAGAACCUGCCUGUUGACGUGUACUCAGUCCUGCUGGCGGAAAACUCCAGGCUGCGGGCGGAGCUGGAGAAGAACCGCCACCAGUCGGCUCCCAUCAUUCUGCAGCAACAGGCGCUGCCGGAUCUCCUUGCCAGUACUUCAGACAAAUUCAACCUCCUGGCCAAGCUAGAACGAGCUCAGAGCCGGAUCCUAUCCCUGGAAAGCCAGUUAGAGGACUCAGCUCGACGCUGGGGACGAGAGAAGCAGGACUUGGCUACACGGCUGCAGGAGCAAGAGUACGGCUUGGGGCACCCCUCAAACUCCGUCAUCACUGACCUGCCUAACUCCUUGGCCCACGCCAAGGAUCACAGGCGACCCUCGAAGCUGGACCCCCUGAUGCCCAGCUCGGAGACUAAACUCAGCAAGCCCUCAAAGUCCGAGAAGACCUGA